AUAUUUUGUCAGAUUAUAUGGACAAUAGUUGGUGAAAUUAGGAGUUGUGAUUUUUUUUUGUAUAGGUUUCUAGUUGAGUAAAGGAUAUAUUUAAAUUCAAGUUUACAAAUUAUAAUAAAAUAAAUUUGGUGUGUUUAUGUUAAUAUUUUAUUAUUAUCAUGAGUGGUGUAAACUCAUUUAAUAAAAUUGUUACCAGAAAUGUUGGUUUAUCCAAACAUAUCAGGUCCCUUCAUGCGACGCCUCUUAAAAGACACUGGGGUAAAACCGACACAGUCGCUCGCAGAGAAGGACUAAACGGAGAGUAUACAUUGGAUUUACAUUACGAGUUUCACUAUCGAGGCCAUUGUAAAUUUGACGAUUGGGAUAUAAAGAAAAAUAAAAUUGCUGAUGCUUCCAUGGGUAUAGUGUUAGCAUUUGUAAUUUACAAAUGUGUAACAGAACCCGAACAUAUAUUUGGGGAGUUUGAAUAUCCGGACGCUACAAAAUGGACAGAUGAAGAGUUGGGUGUACCACCUGCUGAAUAAAUAAGUUGUGUGUUAAAAUAAAUUUGUAGAUAUAUAUCAGACAUAACCUUAAUUGUUUAAAUUCAAAAAUAAAAAUAUAAUUAGUCAGUUAUGAA